UUUAGUCUAACUUAAUACUUCUCUAUGAUUAUAAUGAUGGAUUGCAUUGUGGGUGUCAAUAUAAGUGACGGCCAUAUUUGCCGGUGCUGCUCUCUCUGCUGUAAACAAAAAGUGACUGUGAGACGGACGCUUCGCUGAAUUUAGGGACAUUUUUAUUUCUGUAAUUUAUGAUGUCUUUAGGAAUGUCUUACAAACCUAACCCCCACCAGCACAUUCCGGGAACUUCUGGGAACCAAGGAAACAUCCCCUCUCCCUCUUCCAGCUCCAUCUCCACAGUUCAGUCAUACAAGCCAAUUAUAAAUGACUUUGGGCUGCCGUCAUUCGGAUUUUCACAGGGCCCAAAUGGAACUCAGGCUCCACAGAGCAAAUACGCCGAACUUCUCGCAAUCAUCGAAGAGCUCGGGAAAGAAAUAAGGCCGACGUAUGCUGGAAGUAAAAGUGCCAUGGAGCGACUUAAAAGAGGUAUAAUCCAUGCAAGAGGUCUUGUACGGGAGUGUCUGGCAGAGACGGAAAGAAAUGCGCGAUCUUAGCCUCUGAAGCCUGCCUCUGAUCAGAAAGGGCAGAAGAUUUCUUCUACUACUUUUACAGAAGGGUGCUGCAUGGCUUUUUCCCAUAACGGAGGGAUAAAACAAUCAAAAAUUUAUUCAUUAAGUAGUGUAGUUAAAGCAUGGGAUGGAGGUGUCGCAAUGUUACUUGUGAUGAAUGCAACAAGAGGUGGGAUUUGAGUGUUGCCAUUUGGGAUUUUAUUUCUCUUAUAACUCCUAUUAUAUAUAUUUUUUUCCAGCAUAAAGAACAAGCAAGCUUAUCUGCAUGAAAGGAGGGAGAUGGAUCAGAGUGUGAAUGUGCAUGGCUUUUACAGGUUUACAGGAGGGAAGUCCUCUUAAAAUUUGAUCAAGUGUAAGGUUUUAGGUUUUCUUUAAAUUGGGAGACAGCGAGGACAGUUAUAGUAAUGACAUCGUUUUAGUUCUUUUUUAUUUAUUACCUUGUGUAAUAAAAUGUAUUUUCAUGUACAAAAAGGUCACUUUUUGAAAUUUUGUAUAAAGGUCAAUAAACAUGACAUCGUUGUCUAUAA